AUGGAAGCUUUAACAUCGAGGGAGGACUCUGAAAACCGGUAAAUUUUGCUUAAAUUUAACAGGAUAUUCUAGAAUUCAUAAUUUACUUUGCUUAGGUUUCCUUUUUGAGUUUACAAAUACGUUGUUAAUGUCAGAACUUCACAUAAAUAGCUCUGUUAUAUUUACCUUCGUUAUACAUUCAGUAAAUCUGUUUUUUUUUCUUCGUUGUGUUUUUGAAAGGAAAUAUCAUUUGGCUACCAUUUAAAUUUCUACAAUCGAAUUAUGUUGCGACAUGUGGUUCUUAUGGGACAUUUAUUAUCGACUAAGUAAGUGACUUAGUAGGAAAGUUGAGCAAUCCAUAACAAGUUUCAUUGAAAGGAAAAAAAUCUUAGAAAAUUAAAUACAUUUGAAUUUCCAUUUGCAGGAUCACCAUUGGUGGUAAACGAAAAUCUUCGAGCCGCCGAUCUUCGGUGAGAAAGUUCAUUUGUGCAAACAUUAGAUCAAAAUGUAGUUCGUUAAGAUUUCCACACAUUCCCCUACUAUUGUAAAACAAAACCGUUUCCAAAGACAAUCUAUUGUUUUCGCUAUGCAUUGCUUUUUUUUGUCAAUUUAAUAACUGUAUGCAUAAUGAAGUGUGGGGCUGUACAGAAAUCUUACCUUGGUUUCUUCUUUUUUGAAGUACAAAUUACUGCUCUAAGCUGUUCUGAUCUGCUAGCUUAUAGUUAUAAACACUAUGAUUCACUGUUGUUUAUCCAGGUUUCUGGUGACAAUGAGCAUCGUAACAUUUUUUAAAAAUUAACUUUGAGAAAACAACAAGCUAACACAAUCUGAUGAGAACCAAGCAAGCUUACAGUUGGCAAGAGCCUUUAAUGCUAAUCUUAGCUUUAAUGCCAGUCUCAGUUAGAUGAUCUUACAUGUAGUGGCUUACAUGGUGGAUAAAGCAAUCCUCUAGAAUCAUUGCAAUCCCCCUCCCCCUUAAAAAAAAAAUAGUAAACUUACUAAGGGUAAAUGUAUCUACUGGAUGGUGAUUACUUCCCACACUCCAAAUGAUUAUAACGAUUAGCAAAACUUGCCUUACAAAAAGAAAUCACUUGUACACCUCUUCACAUAAAAACGCUUCUCGAAUAAAGUGCCCUGGGGCAGGAGAGGAACUCCCACUUUGGAAGAAAUAUUUGCCACUGAAUCUUGGUUUAUUUCAAUUAAUUUUUUUUCUAAUGAUAAUCCUGUGGAGAUUUUUCCACAUAACUUUUUCAUGUAUCAUGCAUAAUUAGAUUUUGAAGGCCACAAAAUCUCCAUUAAAAGCUGGUGUUUUAGAGGAUUUGGAUCCUAAUUCAUUGGAUGAUAAUGGAAGGUGAGAACACAUUGGCUAAUUGGUAGAAUUUUCUGAUCAGCAAUGCAGGCUUUGGUCACAAGAAGAAAGAAAGAAGUUUGUACAAACAAAGUUUGCUGGCCAAGAGCACCUCCAUCUUUUAACACAUUCUGCAUACAUGAUUUCUGUUCCUCCCUUUCAAUGUGGGUGCAGAAUUUGAUAAACAGUUGAAUCCACAUUCAGUGAUCAGCCAUGGAGAAUGGUGGGGCAACUGCUAAAUACAGCCUCCACAAAAUAGGGGUCAAAUUUAAUCACAAAAAUCAUUUGUCAGUAUCAUUUUUAAGGUGACAACUGCUUGUGCAGAUGGCUGUAACAUUAGGCAAUUCUUGGUUGGUCUUAUUGGUUAAUAAUUAUUUUUUUUUACUCUUACAGAAACACAUCCAAAAAGUCUAGGAGAUCCUCUGGAAGGAGAGUUAGCUUUGCAGAGAAGAACGACAUCAAGUAAGUUAUUUUUUGUUAUUUUACACUGUACCUGAGGUAAUUUAAUAGAACUUGUUUAACUUGAACCACCAAGAGUAAUGGAAAAAUGUUAAAAGAGAGUUUUAAUUACAAUUUUGCUAAGAACAUCUAGUAACUGGUCAAUGAGAAAUGUUCUUUUAAGGAAUUGACCAUAACUCUUAACCCUUUAACUCUCAAGAUCUGAUUGCAAGUUCUUACCUCAAGCUGUUACACAUUUCCUUGUAAAUUAGUUACAAGGAUUUGGUGGUAGUUCAAAAUAACAUUUUCUACCUGAUAAGUUUAAUUUGUAUUCUCAUGACCCGUUUGCUGGAUAAUGUAUGGCAAUUAUAGAGAGAAGUUACAUGUUAAUCACCCCUGGGAGUUAAAGGGUUAAGUCUGUAAGAGGUUUGACUUAAUCAAGUCAGAUUUAGCAGGGUUGUUUUGCUUAUUAUUGUAACAAAUUUGAAAUCAUGUCUUUCUCUGUGAAGUUUAUUUCACAUAAUCCUGUUUAAUUAAUUAAUUAUACAAAAAAAAUAUGUACUUUCAUUUUGCAGAGAAUUUUUUGUAGAAGACUGGAAGAAUUCAUGGCCCAAGGAUCAAGAAAAUAGUAGGUUUUUGAAACUAAUGAUUAAAAAAUAUAUAAAGAUUUUACCAAAUGUGUAUUCAGCACUGCGAUUCAUCAUCUGAUUAGUUUUUAGGAGUUAAAUACCUAAAUUGAUUCCCUGAUAAACUAUUUUACAGGUGAUCUUUUGGAGUUAAGCACUUCUUCUCAAGGGUAAGAGAGCUACAUAUAUUGUUAAUUUUUGCAUUAGAAAAAAUAUGAUUAAGUCUCAAGUCAGAAGAAAAAAAGAGACAGUGCUUUAUGUAAGUUGCUCAAAUGAAUGAAACAUUUUACAGGAAUGUCUUUUUUAUGUAAUGAUAUGUUUUAAAUUUUAUCUUAUGGCUGAUGUCUAUCUUCCCUUGUUUAUUACUGACAGCGAAUACCGGGAACCAGCUAAUUCCAUUGAAGGUGAAUAUUUACAUGAAUACUUUACACCAUAACUUCAUUAUGUAUAUUCUGUUUUGUUCUCUGUAUAUUUCCUAAGGUAAUGAUGAAGAGAAUUUGUUUAACAGUCAAGAGCUCCUUUUGUUCGUGAUCAUUUCCUUUAUUCUUGUGAUGUUGAUGUGUGAUUCAGGACUGAUACUGUAAGGAGAAAGUAGAUGCUAAUCAUUUGUAGGGGUCAAAGGGUUGACGAAAAAGAAAUAUAAGCCAAUCUUCAAGUUCAUUAUGAUAAAUCAUUAACCCUUUAACUCCCAAGAUCUCAUUAGUAAUUCUCCUUACUGUCUGCCAUACGGUUCUCAUGAUGUUUGUUUGGAGAAUUUGGUAUUGGGUAUUAACUUAUACUCCCUUAAUUUAUAUUUUUCUUUAUUCUCAUCACUUAUCUGCUUGAUAUUGUAUUGAUAUUGUAAGGAGAAAUUCUGUCUGUUUACACUCAUGGGAGGUAAAGGGUUAAACUGUACUUUUAUUUUACCUCUUACUUUUUAGGUCUUGAAUCCUUGUUAAAGGGCAAUAUUCAAGCACCAGAUGAUUUCAGUGUUUGCCAAGUGGAAAUUGAGGUGAGUUUUGUGAAAGAAAUUGCUUCAGAGGAUUUUAAAAAGGCUCAUCUCUUACCUCUGUUAUAUCUGAAGCACAAAUUCGUGGUCACUGAACAUGCAGAAUUAGUCUUUUUCAAGAGCAAUGUUCAAUAUUUUGCAUCCAUCUAGUUUUUGUACUGUAUGCUUCAUCAAAUGACAAAAGAGAGAGAAAGUGUACUGACCAGUCUUCUUGCAACUCAUUAACAAGUAUUGGUCAUAAGUAUUAGAUAGUAUAAUUUAAAAAGAAAUUUGUAUUAAAUGAAUUCCCUGCUAACAAAGGCUCAGUGUAUAUUUAUAAUUAUAUUUAUGGUGUAACUGUCAGCUUCAAUGCUUAUGUCUAAGAUACACAUACUUACACUGUAUUAUUAAUUGUUGUCCUGAUAAACCUUAGGAGAUCCCCGAACCUGUAACUCUAAAGCCAAGUGAACAGGCAGAGGAAAUGGAGUAUACCACAUGCUACAGUUCAGUUUUGCAAAACAGUGCUACAAACAUGGAGAAUACAAAGAUUUUCAGCCAUGAUACAGCCAUUGAUCUUGAUAUAACAUGCUCACAAAAAGAAUUAUUUUACCAGGAUGGUUUGAAUAACCAGGUUAUGUCACCUGCUGGUUUUCAGGAAAAUGACAGAAUGGACAGCACAUCUUUCCUCUUGUCAUUAGGAUCAAAGCAUGCACAUACUCAAGGAAUUAAAGUAAAGCAUGACACUGCAAUUUCGGCAACAAGAAGUAAUGACGGCAUUUCCAGCAGGAGGCAGCCUAUAAGUGAGAUCAGAUCUGAGCAGGGUGGUUAUGACAGUCAGAGUGGAUCCCAGCAAAGUCCAUGUUCAAAUGCAGAUGUAGAGCUCACAGCUUGUCACAGCUUUGUUGUUCUGGAGAGCAAUUCACAGAAAACCAAACGGAGAAGCGUUUAUGAACCUGCCGACCUUGAGCUUACAUCGUGUUAUGGCCAAGGACUGGCAAAAUCAUCAGACAAUCAGGAGGUUGGUGUGCAAAAGAGACAGGCAUUGGGGGUUAGAGCAGAUCUAAAUGCUUUUAGAAAUAGUUUUGAGACAAAUUUACCAGACAAGGCACAGCCUGUAUGUGAAACCCAGCUCAAUAUAACAAACUGUUCCAGAGAUAGUAUGACAUCAGGCAAGAAGACACUACUGUCGUUUGAUAAUCAAACAAAUGUGGAGGAAGUACAUGAUGAUGUCACAACAAAGGACUCCACAAAUGACUUUUCCUUUGAUAGCACAGUCUUUUUGAGCUCCCUUGGUGCAAGAAAAAGCCCUAUUGCUUCAGGUGAUACAGACAACAGAAAUUUAGAAAGAAAUCAAAAUGAAAAUCAGUCACCAGGAAGCACUGGUCACCUGGAGAUGACACGCUGUUAUGGUACAGGAAUUUUGCAAAACACGAGGUUACCAGUGUUGAUCACAGGUAGUAACCAUACACUGGUUUUUAGUUCCGAUACCGAUGCACAGAUUCCCUAGACCUGACUGUUUGUCAGACACAAAAACAACAGGCUGCUUCUGCUCCAUUUCCACCUCUUUUGCAACAAAAUUCUCAAAAUGAGCAAAACUCGCCAAACAGAUCUUCAAGUAAAAUGAAUUCUUCAGUUUUCUUAAGAGGGCUUGGUGAAGUGAUGCCAUCUGUUGGAGACACAAAUGAAGAAGAAUGUGAUCUAGAGCUCACUACUUGCCACAGUCAACCAGUACUGGAAAACAGUGCACAGAACACAAGUCGGAGCAGUGUUACUGAGCUUUCAGACUUGGAUGUCACUUCAUGUCAUGGCCCAGGGCUUCUACAAUCUGUAGACAACUGUGAUAGAUUAGAUGCGAAUAAAAGGAAAGCAAACCAGCUUUGUCAGUCUGCAGAUGUAGAUGUCACAGUUUGCCAUGGUCCAGGGUUGCUGAAGGCAUCUGGUGAAAAGGUGGAGGAGAAAGAAAGUGAAAAUCAGCUAUCUGUAGACAGUGCUUCACAGGAGGUGAAGAGAAGAAGCCCAUUUGAAGCUGCCUUACAUGACAUCCCACAGCAGUCCAGAACUGCUCAUGUCAUCUGGCAAAAACUUUGAUGAAAGUGUAAGGUUUGACCAGUCUGGUGGAGACAGGAGUCAUCAGAUGAUUAACAGAAAAAGUCUUUACGAACCUGUUGAUGUAGAUGUAACAUCUUGCUAUGGGGCUGGGCUGCUGAAGACAUCAGAUGAGAAAUUGGAGGGUGUAGCUCCUCGUGAUCAGUCUAUUGUGGACAAUAGUUCACGCAAAAUUAGCAGAAAAGGUGUCUAUGAGCCUGCUGAUGUAGAUGUAACAUCCUGUUAUGGAGCUGGGCUGCUAAAGGCAACAGAUGAAAAACUGGAUGCAAUUGCUCCCUAUAUUCAGGCUGUUGAAGACAGUUGUUCGCGCAAAAGAAGCAGAAGAAGCAUUUACGAACCUGCUGAUGUAGAUGUGACACUCUGCUUUGGAGCUGGGCUGCUGAAGACAACAGGUGAACGCGUGGAUACAUUGGCUCCUUAUAAUCAGCCUGUUGUGGGUAAAAGUUGUCAGAAAACAGACAGAAGAAGCAUCUACGAACCAGAAGACAUUGAUAUUACAUCUUGCUAUGAUGCAGGGCGGCUGAAGUCAAAUAGUGAAAAACUGGAUGCGGAGGCUUCUGAAAAUCAGCAAGUUGCAGACAACAGUUUGCAGAGAAACAAAAGAAAAAGUAUCUAUGAACCUACUGACAUAGAUGUAACAUCUUGCUUUGGUCAGGGAGUGGUUCAGUCAUCCAGCGCUACAGUCAGUUAUAAUCAGCUGCUUGUAGGGAGCAGUUCACACGGAAUCAAACAAAGAAGCCACUACGAGCCUGUUGAUGUGGACAUGACAUCUUGCUAUGAUUCAGGAAUGUUAAAGAACUCUGGAGAAAUUUUAAGAGGAAAUUUCUGUGAAAGUAAACCAGCUCAGGGCACCAGUGCACUUCAACAGAAGAGAAGAAGCCUUUAUGAGCCUACUGAUGUAGAUGUAACAUCUUGCCAUGGCUCAGGAAUGGUUAUCGCGUGUAAAGGAACUUCGGAGAUAGCACAGUUACAACAUCAGUCAGCUCCAGACAUGGAUGGGCCUAAACUUAACCGAAGAAGCUUCCACGAGCCUCUUGACAUUGAUUCCACCUCCUGUUAUGAUCAAGGAAAGGCUCUGGCUUCGGAAGAAGAUUUGGAGGUGUCAUUCUUCCAUCAACAACCCUUACUAAAUAAUACUCUACACAAAUCUAACAGAAGAGGUAUCCAUGAAACUAAAGACAUGGACAUAAUUUCUUGCUAUGAUCCAGGAAUGGCCCAGUCACCUGACGGAAAUGUAGAGACCAUUGUUUGCCAGCCUGUUCUAGAUGAUAGUAUGCAGAUGACAAACCAACAAAACCUGCACAAGACAGGAGACGUGAAUGUGACUAGAUGCCAAGAUUCAGGGCCAGUCCACACUCUUGAUAGUCAAGGUGUACACCUUACCGUCAGCAAAGAGCAACUGGACCCAGCGAGAAGUCCACAAAAUACUUUCACCGGAGAUAAAGACAUUGCCGAUGCAGUGGUGGAGAAAGAAAGAGAUUUAAAUCGUAGCAAGGGGGAAACAUCUCAGACUUCAAGAGUUUCUCCCAUUCCAAAAGCUUUUCUUGAGACAGAUGCAGACGACAGUUUGAAUAUAAACGAAGAAUCCGCCCUCUCUUCGCAACAGAUGGCAUUAAAGGCUAACUGUGGUGUGAGUGAUUCAACUCCUGACAGGAAGCUGUCUGUCAUUUGUGAGGAAUCUCUGAGUGAACUCAGUAAAAAGGGAAUGAGUGUAGAGGAGGACGCUGAUGUCACAGAGAUGGAGAAGAUGCAACAUUCACGGUAAGUUUGUCUGUUGAGUUGAAUGCAGUGCGACUACUUUAAAUGAGAUGAUUCGGUUUUAUCAACUGAGUUUAUAAUGUAAAUCGGCCACCGUACAGAGUUUCAAAGCUGACAUUUCGAGCCGGCGUUAUGUUUUCUUUGCACCUUUUUUUUUUUUUUGCAAAGUAGAAUCAAGUUAUUAUCUCAUGAAAAUGUCAGGGUUUCUGCAGAAACUGAAAUUGUUCAACAGGUGUAACAAAUGCACUGGCUUUGCUGAUAUGUCGUUCAAAAGAGGAAAAUUCCGGGUUUUUUUUGUGGAACACUUUUUUUUUAGUUAGAGAGUGCUCAGAUCUUAAAGAUGUGAAGAAUUAGGAUAUGUUUUUAAGGCUAUCAGUACUGAAUUGCUGGAUGAUAUCUUUGUUGGUAUCUCUGUAUCUAAUUCUACGAUUUAUGAAUUACUGAGGUCACAUAAUCCAAUCACCUUAAGGAAAGAAAAAAAAAAUGGAUUUGGGCCAAGUGCUCGUCAACUGCAAUUCUCUUAACGUCAUGAUUUUGCUCGUAACCGUCAAUUUGAAAAACGAACACAAUCGUUGAAAAAGAAGUCCAGAAUGAGUCUAAAAAUUUCUUCCGAAGACGUUUUUGCCGAACCCUGAAUUGUGACAAUUAUGCGUCACUUUUUCAUAUUUUGUGAUUUACCCAGAAGUAACUCAGGAAUGUUAUUUAAUGGAAAAAAUGACAAUAGUGUUUUUUUUUUUGUUUUCAGAAGUGCCAUUACCCUGAAGGAGUUCCUUGAUAUUAUAGAAAUCGCUUUUAUUACAGAGGUCAACAUGCGCCGCAGUGUUGUACCAUCUGCUGUGGUGAGUUUAGUAACGAUGUUGUGUAAAAUUAUAUGACUGUUUAACAGUGAAAGUUUUUUCAAUGAUUCGGGAAAUAACUUAAUUUUGAGUAACACUCUCUGACAUUUUGUGGACACUUACCGCCUCCCCUGCCCCUCUCAAUGUUGAUCUGCAAGAUGGUUUAAAAUAUUGGCAGCUCAAAACGAUGAGAAGAGGAGAGGGCAAAGGUACAUCAUAGACUCUGUCCUGGAGAAGUGUCCCAACUAAUUAUUUCUGGGAGUGUACUUGCUGGAAAAUAAACGAUAAAAAUCGAUUUUUAAUUUAUUUAAGAAAUAAAAAGUUCAUUAUAGUGAACAUUUUCAUACGAAUUGGCCAUUCUAUCAUGGUUCGGCCGAAUGAAUAUGUUUUACCCUUUAAACCCUAACAUCUGUAUCUAAAUUCUCUAUAAUAUUUUCUAUACAUUUCGUUUGUUUCUGACAAGGAGAAUUUGUUUAACAAUCAAAUAUUCCUAAGUUGGCGAUCAUUUCCUCAAUUCUCAUGAUCGUAAUGACUGACUCAGCAGCAUUACUGUAAGGAGAAAGUCGUUGCUGGUCACUCCAUUAAUCUUUAUCGCAUUGCUGAGUAGUUAAUUUUUACUUCGCUCUUUUUUUUCAGGUUGAGGCUCCUCAAACUCUCAAAGACAGGAUGAUAUCAACACUAGUAUCAAAACCAAAGGCUGUUUGCUACGAGGAGGCAAUUCCAAUCGUAGAAUCGGAGAUCACAGCGUGAGUAUUAACACACUGCUUAUACCAGUUAACAAUGACGUUAUGCUCUGUAAGUUUGCGUGGUAGCUAUUAAACUUUCUGUGUGCCUCACUCUCAGAGUUCCGCGCGGCGUGCUCAUAUCAAUUUUUCCCUCACCGAUUUUCGUUGACGCGCGCGACGGUCUUCGCCGAAAAGGAGGAACUUCUCGGAGUUUACUGUCACGGAAUUAACAGCGAGUAGCGUAGCCAAGCAGACUGCGCUAUUCGUGGCAGUAGUCUAGUAGGUUUAUGCUAGAACUGUAUUUUAUGGCAUUGUGUUUUGUAGACAUUUUUACAAAGAUAUCAAUAAUAGACAUACCAUAAAUGGUGCAACAAAUCGUGCGAUCAAACGAAUAUUUUUAACAUAAACAUAAUUUCUUUGAUUGGUUGUGCUGAUAGUAUGAAAGGAAAAGUUGAACAGCAAGAGAUGGAAUUGAAUGUGUCCAACCCCAGAAUAUUUAUGGAAGUACAAACCGCAAGCAAAGAGGAGGUAAGCCGCCAUAGAGCGCUUUACGAUUGAGUGUCGUGAAACCCAAACCAAAGUCAUCAGAGCGGUCAAUUAGAAGAAAGCAAAAUUUAUUUGAAGAGCCAAUGAGAACUCAAAGUAAAAACAAGCCAACUGCUUUAGCGCGGGAAAACGCGGGCAACCAAGUCGUGAUUGGUUUCAGUUAGCAUCUGAUUGGUUGAAUCACUCGUUAUGGUCAUGAGAAUAGAGGAAAUGAUCACAAACAAAAGAAGCUUUUGAUUGGUAACCAAGUUCUCCUUGUCAGCAUCUUAGUAAAUGUAUAUAGAGCAGUAUGGAGAAUAUGUAUACUGAUAUUAGGACGUAAAAGGUUAAAUGCUGCACGAUAAAUUGACCAUGUUAUCCUGAGGCAAGUUUCCAACAAAUUUUGGCUUGUAUUUGGAUUUUUUUCUGUACAAGGUACCUUGAAGUGGGACACUUUCGUGUAUGUCAACAUUUCGAUAAGGUCCUUAAACUGUGGGGGUGCAAAACGAGCUCCUUCUGGGAUCAAUUUUUCAAGAUCACAUAAACAACAGGGACACUUGUUAGUCUGUUAACAUUUCGUAAAGGUCCCUAAACUGUGGGGGUUCAAAACGAGCCAUCUCUUUGAUCACUUUUCUUGAUCACACACAAAAAAGGUCCUUUGACCAGGUGUAAGAGGGUUAUAUGGAAAUAAAAUGUGCUAUGGCUGGUCAGAAUACAGCUUAAAGCAAAGCACUCUCGAAGUUUCGACACUCAAGUGAAAAUCGUUCUGUUUAUUUUUUUCCUUUUGUUACUUAGUUGUUAGCCCUGCAAAGUAAAGUUCGUCGCCUACGUUCUGUGUGCGAAAAAACUUCCAAACGAGAGUGGAAAGAGAACAAAGGCCAGCUGAACAAAAAAGUACUAUUAAAAAUGACGGUUAGUUUUAUUGUUUUUAAUUCUUUCAUUUGAUACAACCAAUUAAUUUCGUUUACAGGAGGCUCUCGGUCGGCAGAGGAAAAAUUAUCCUUGUUAGUUCCAGAGGAAUGGGGAACAGUGUAGAGAAUAUACAUACCAACGUUCGGGUGAAAAGAGUUACAUGUAAAGCGAAAGCAAAAUCAAAUGGAGCACAAACCGAAAGUUUACAGCUUUUUUCUUCACUAAGAGUUUUCUGCACGGUUGUCUUUUUGUUCGGCAACUUUAUGAUUUCUUUGAUUCAGAUCGAUGGAAGCAGUGAGGUAUUGUUUGUACGUUCAUUCACUUAAAAAAGUGCGAUUUGUAUUUUUGAAAAACAUUUUCAGACGAAUCACGCGGCUCUUGCAAAAGACGUGCUCGUUGUGGAAGAGUCCGUUAAUAUGGUUGAUGAUUGUCUCAGUUUACUUGACAAAAGUAAGUGAAGAGUGGUAGCUGUAACUCUCUGUCUUUUAACUUUCCCAUUACACAUCCAUUCUACGAGACUUUUUCACAGGCCUAUGUAUAUAAACCAUAAACGUUUUCAGAGUUCGACAUUUACACGUUAUUACCGUCUGUCAAGUUUUCCUGUUUCAUUGAGCCUGCAUAGAAUAUAAGCAAUCCCUCCUUUUCGGCAAAGUCUGUCGCGGUAAUAAAAAAAAGGGGGUUGUUAGCCUACACUUCUGCAUGGCGCGCUGACAUAUUUUUGUUUCGCUUGCACAACGGACUUCUCCAAAAGGAAGGGACUGCUCGUUGUCUAGAGCCUACACAACAGGCCUAAUAUUUUUAGGCGAGCGGAGGUUAAGCAUGAGUCAUUUGUUUUUUCUCGCAUUACGCUUUCUCUUUGUGCUUACCAUCGCUCGCCCGAAACUGCAUAAAACCGCUCGUUUUCAUUCUUUAUUUCCGCUUCGGGGAGAGGAAAUGACGCAAUGGUUAGAGCACUUAAACUAUUAUUAUCAUUACUAUUGUGAUAGUUAUCAUUAGUAGUGUUCCAUUGAUUUAUUUCUUUAUGUUACCUUUUGACAGUGAACAGAGACUUUGAUGAAAAAAUGAAAAACAUUCACAUGUCACUCACAGAAAGCGAAAAGGUACCAAAAAUCAAAUGUCAGUAAUAACUAAUUUUUGCUAUAAAAGCCUGAGGUGCUAUAAUUCAAUGCGUAAACCUUAAUUUCUUCCUAUUUAAACCUAGGAAAUUCAGAGACAAACAAACAUGGUUGAAGAAUUGGCGACUAUGUCAGAGGCACUGAGAAAGAGCGAACAAGGUACAGCGAAUGCUUCAUAUUUGGUGUCUUUCGAAGAGUUUAAAAGAGACAGUCGUGAGUUUUUUAAUUUCGAUGUAACGUUUCCAUUCACAAUGAUGUUGACUUUCAUCGUAGAACUCGCUGAUCUGGAAAGUACAAGGUCUAAGCUACAGAGGUGAGAUCUUAUUUACAAGGGGUAAGCUGUCAAACAGGAUAAUGAACUUGUAUCACUUCUUUCUUGCUAUGGAUCAGUACUCGACAAUGACUUAGAAAAAAGGUUUUUUUACUGGUAGUUAUGGUUCUGUAACGGUGAUUUUCCACCGGAGUAACUCAGGAAGUAGCUUGCAAGCAUACCCUCUUUAUAAGCGCAUCGACAUGAGUGUUUCUUCGCCUGCGGGAAAGCACGAGGCAUUGUGCAAAGCGAGUUGGUUAGAGGUCUGCAAGAGGACUGGCAUCAAUUGCUCGCACUGGUUACCAGCGCUGGCUACUAGUGCCAAAUCUCUCCUCGACUCAUCUCAAAUCUUCACGCGGGCGGAGUAACGCGCUUCCUGCAGCGCUGAUGACAAUGGCCUGCUCGCAGGCCACUUGUGAAGCGUACUGGGUACUAGCCAAUUUUUAGAGAAACCUGACAAAUUGAAAUGCCGACUGAAGGGUUUAUGCUUCAAGGGACCAAGAUGAGUUACUCAAUUAAAUACUGAUUAUGCAAACAUUUUAAUUCAUUAAUUUUAGCGAGAAACACGAGCUGGCAAAGAACAAGGACCAACUUGAUGGAAAAAUACUCGAGACGGAGGAAACUAUUCGCUUGGUGAAACGAAAGGUUGGUUUCAUUUAUUUGGUCAUAUUGGUCUAAAUAUAACUCGAAGAAGCUGUCUUCUGUCCACUGAAAUUUUAUGUCGCGAUCUGUGGCGUAGUGGAGCUUACUUCACCUCAGCCGAUCAGAGCUAAGAAAAAUAUCAGAAAGAGCCCAUGAGAACUCAAAGUACCAAGACGCAAACUGCCUGAAGCGCGAGAAAACGCGAGUGGCCAAGUCGUGAUUAGUUAUAGUUCUUAUCUGAUUGGUUGAGAUGGUAGCGCGAGUUUUGUAGACCGGAAACAGUGUGAAAUAAAGGAAGGGGUUUCGAUGCUAAAUUAAAAAUUGCUCUACCGCCAUUUGACAUCCUUUUACAACUACGAGAAUGGCAUCUUUUUUCUCAACAGGACCCAAGGAGCAACAAACCAAUAAGAGAAUUGUCGCAGAAAUUAGAUAUCCUCGUGAGGUAUGUUUCGAAAAAAUUUCUGGUUUGAAUUGGUGAUUGGAUUUCCAAGCAAAUUCUUCUCUACAAAUGCUGUCCUCAAGACGUGACAACAUUUGUGAGAGGGAAAGAUGUCAUUACGUAACAUUUUACAAGAUAUUGGCUUCAAUAAGAGUUCUCAUCACUUUUCAUAUGACCCUUAGAGAUAUUCAUUGACCGUUUUUCCACAGUAUGGAUGGCUUUGCAUACUGGUGAACGAGAAGGAAGCACGGCGUAAUUUGAUUGCGUGACUCAUUUCUUUGUCUAGCAUGUAACGCAACUAUGACAUUGUUGAUCAGUUUGCAGGAAUGGUCCUUAGAGGAGUGGAAUAAAGAGCGUGCUAAAUUUGCGUUCUUGAACAACACGUUGGAAAUUGUCGUGGUAUUUGCUCCAGAAACCACAGGUCAGAGUGCGAAACUUUUAUUAUUAUUUGCAAUUUUGAAUUUCUUCCAGAAUCUUUAAGUCACCAUUUUAUGGAGGCUAUUUGAAAUGGUGUCUAGGAAGGUUUGAGGAUGUGCAAUUUAGUAAUUAUGACUUUCAAAGGUUUCUUGAUUUUAAUGUAUGUGUUACCACUUUUCCCUUACCAAUACAGAAGGUGUAUUUCAUCAUCAGGAUGUUAGGAGUGUUAAACUGAAUUUCACUACAGCAGGUACUUGAAAAGGACUUUGAUUACUAAGUUAAUUUGUUCCUCAAUGGAGGUAUUAAGAUACACCUGAAAGCAAAAAAAUGUUGAUACCAAGAAUAAUGAGACCCAAAGGCAUCUGGUUAUGCGUGCAUGACAGCCACGGAUAUAUUUCAGUAUCUGCGCACUUGGGAAGGGCAAAGGCGAAUAUACUUUUUUAAAUUUAUUUUUUAUGCUGCAUUUUGUAUUUAUUCUACAUGACACCAAAAAUUUGCUCUAGGAUGAGAUAUUACUUUUUAGGCAGUAUUUAUUUUUAAAUCUAGUUUAUCAGUCAUACUGUCAUGUGUUACCCCUCUAAAUAAAGUUGUUACCUACUUAAUCUUCUUGCCAUGCAGAUACUUUUACUGGAAGAAUGGGAAAAGUCCAAACAAUUGUGAAAAAAUUGGUAAAUGAGGACAUUCUCAACCAGAUGUACUCUUCAAGGAAGGAUUUAGCCAAGGUACUCGCGAUGGACUAGAAUUUCAUCGAGGGGAGGAGAGUAGUGAUACUCCUAGCCGCCUCAUGCGAGGGAAACCGGGAAAACUUCUAGCCAGACGGCUCCAAUGCAAACUUUGCUUUACUAAUUUUUGUUUGAAUGGUUACACACGAGAGUCAGUUCAUCUGCAGCCUGGAAAGUUUGAACCUGCUCAUGCAGUUAAUGAACGAAACUCUGUUUGGUAGCUUUUAUUAAGAAGGUUGUGUUAAGUUAUAGUGUGACAGUUAUUAAGGUGAUUAACUGUGGUGAUAAGGAAAAAUUUAGGAGAAAAUUUAUUUCUGAUAUCCAUAUAUCUUUCAUAUUUUGAUUUGCUUCCUAUAGGUCUUGGAGCACGUGUCAGGGAUAAUUCAUAAGUCGAACGAGAUAGGAGAUGAACUUUUUAGAAUUGGUCUGUCACAUCUUAUGUCAUUUGAAGAGGAUAGGUAAUGCAAUUCUUUGUCAAAACAAUUCGUCCUUUCGUCUGAGACCUCGUCUGAACUAUCGAAAAUUGUCAUCUAACUUUAGGUUGGAUGAACAAGCCAAAAGAUGAAACCUUUCUUUACAACUGCGAAUCAAUUUGACUGCCACUUUAAAAAGCAUCGGCCUGUAUCUUAAGCGUAAACGAUGUUUAUCAUGUCCACCAAUCAACGUGCCAGUUUUUUUUUCAAACUUUCCAAUCACAGUGAACUUGGUGACUAAGUGUCCGGUUAUGAAAGGGAAAUUGUGAAAUACUUCAACCCAUAUUAUAGUUGUUGUUGCAUGCAUUAAGAAUGAUUUGGUGCUGUCUUUACAGACUUACUGUGGAGUUCUCAAGUUUGAAGGCGUUUGUGAAGUUUGUGUUGCAUAUACAAGUUGGGCUAUCUUCUUAUCCAAACUGUGUAUCACUUACUGCAUUACCAAAAAUUGGACACCUGAGGUUUGUGCUACACGUGGACAAUUUAUCAUAUUUUAUGGCUAAACCUAAACUUAACGAAUUCGUGGUCAAUUUAUUUUCAGUUUGAAAGCACUGUGUUGCAAAACUUGCUUCAAGAGUGUUCAGUUCUGUGAAAAUUUCCUCCUUGUCGUUACGUUGCUUGUUCGACGAGGUGUUUGCUCCCAUCGCAUCUGUAUUUCGCGCGUUUGUUUGUAAACGUGCUUCUUGUUUGUCCCGCCUAUGUUCCACCAUUUUAUUCUUCGCGUGCACGCCAGGUACGUGUUUUCCUGCGCUUUGCAGCGAAUACCUUUGCUGCCUUGUCACUGGUUACAUGUUAACGGCUUUGUAAACUGGGAUAUGUUUUCUCUCGCAUAUCUGCGGCACACAAAAUUUAACGUCACGCCCUGUCACAUCGGCUAAUUUGUUUAAGGAUGGACUGAACACCACCAUUGUAUGGCGUUCUCCUGACCAAAGAAUACUUGCUUCUUAUUAUCGUUACAGUCAAACAGAAAUUGAAGAAACCUUGAAUGCUGUCAGCGCUGGUCCAAGAUAUCUGAGCAGAGUGGUGGAUGCCGCUGAUCAACUUCUGAGCACAAUCAAACCUGCUACGUCGUCAUAACCUUUCCACAGCUUGUGUGGGGAAUUAGUGUAGAUUGUAGAUUGUAGAUACAUUUAUCGGAAAUUUAGCAUUUUUUAAAAUUUCAUCCACCGCUACAUUAAUUUAUUCAUGAUGUUUUUCAAUAGAAAAAAAUAGAGUUGUAAUAAUACUUGUUAUACGUAUUCAGCUCGUGAGGGUGAAAGGAUUGGGAAGAGUCACGGAUCCCUAGUGAAGUAAAGCCUUUAAGCCGGAGAAAAAUGUGUCUGGGUAGGGGGAGGUCAUCACGGGCGUGUUUGAGCUGUCCAAACUAAAACUGCGCUGGAUGCUUUUUGCAAUCAUUGACUGGUAAAUUUUGAUCUUGGCUGUUUCAAUGGAGCUCUCAAAAGUGAGAUUUUUU